UAAGACCGUUCGCGCCCAGUUACCGCCGUUUCGCAUUAUCCUAUCAUCAUAUAUUUAAUAUAACUAGUAUAUAUAUAUUUAUAUACAUAUAUAUUUUUAGUAUAAGUAUAAUAGUGCAUAUGACAGACAUAUUAUUAUAUUGUAUAACAGAGUGUUCGUGACACUUUUUCACUCUAAUAAACGGCCUCGGUCUUUUCUUCGCGAGGUUCAUUUUAUUUAAUUGUCUUACAAUUAACAGUCUGAGUAAAUAUUUUUGUUUAUUGUUGUUGUUUAUGUGUUAGUUAAUGUGUGAGUAAUUCAAUCUCUGGUUUGACAAUAAGUGUCCAACAUGGGUAAAAUAGCCAGCAAGUUUCGAAGCUCAGCAAAAAUUCCCCUCUACUCAGGCAUCGUCGAAAUGGUUAUGGGUAACGCCGGCACUGGUUGUGUAGUGGAUGGGCCGAGGGCCGAUGAGUUCAGUAGGGUGCGCACGCGAUUCCAGACCCGCGACCAAACCCUGUGUUGCUCUGUUCGAUGGCUGAGAUAUUAACUCCAAUAUAUAUUUUUUAUUCGGUGGUUUAUGUUUUUUUGGUGCCUCCAAUAUCGUCACCCUCUGUUUUACUGCAAUUCUUUAUUAAAUUUUGGUCUCUGAUAUUUUUGUUCUUCUUGAACCAACGAAUCCAGGCAAGACGUCAUCAUUUAUAAGGAGCCGGUUGAUAAUUAUUAUGGCAAAUGUCUUCCACGUCAGAUGAAAAUAGACUCCGUACAAGAAGCCGUGACAGAGCGAGAUUCAAACAGUACAUCCAUGAUCCGAGAGAUCUGCGCUCGCAUGCCUGGUAUCACGGAAGUACGCUGAGGGGUGGAAGAAAGGGCGCCGAGGCCGAGGUACCUAAUGAUGGUGAUUUUCUUGUACGUGAUUGUGCAUCGCAGCCUGGUAACUACGUCCUGACUGUCAGAUGGAAGGGCCAGCCACUUCACUUUGUUAUCAACAGGGUUGUAAUCCAAGCGGACACAGUCUACGAGCGCACACAAUAUCAAUUCGAGGACGAGGCCUUCGAUACGGUCGCUGACUUGAUAACCUUCUACGUGGGCAGUGGACGUCCAAUAAGCCAAGCAAGUGGAGCGCGGAUAGUGAACCCAAAACCUCGGUCAGUUCCGCUGACUUGUGUGGCACCAGCUGCGUCGUCAACGUCAAUCUCGACAUCAGCGGGCCCGAUUGGGACACUAGCGACCAGUCUCAGCUCAUCCUCGUCCUUGUCAGCAAACUCGCCGCCAUGUCUACCGAGGAAACAGCAGCGCAGUCAUUCGCUAACUCCACAGCAGCAGCAUGAUGAGCACACGGGGUUCCACGGAUCGCACGCACACACGCAGUCGAGUACGCUGCCGCGAAUCCCGGCUAACUUAAAUCAACAGCCGCCUUCCAGCUCGCUAUCACUUGGAAGACAGAAAAUAACCCGGGUGAUUUCGGACCCCGCGUUACAGCAGCAGCAGUCGCAUCUUCCAUCGCAGGCUAGUUUAAAUCAGGGCGUUAAUGCGCCCCCAAAACCACCUCGUGUUCCUUAUCAGUGUAGCCACUAUCACCACCAUCAUUUACCGCCGCAUCAUCACCCGCAUCAAGGCUAUCAGGCAUCAGGAAGUGACAGCGGAAACGGUUCAGGUGACAGUGAGUUCGAAGGAAACAACUCCGGUAGUGGUACAAAUAAUGUUAGCGCGCCAAUAAAGGGGGUCGUGAUCCGUAGUCAUUACCACCACAUUUCCCAAAGCGGGGACGGUUUAAAUGGUAACGGAAGCGAGUACGAGCUAUCAGCGGAGGAGCAACUGGUGGUAGCAGCGCCCUCGAUGGAGAUAUCUUCAGUCCUCGAUAUAGAAGGAUUCCAGACGUUCCUCUUACCAACCGGCGAUCAUCGACCCCUAGACCCAACGGCGCUGCGCGGAGUCUCUGGAAUGCUUCACGACUGUGCGCCUCGUGUGCUUGCGUCACACCUGACCCGGCUGGACCUCGAACUGGUCCUGAACCCCGGAAUGGGAAGUAGGUCAGGCAUGAGCGGCCUCGAGCUGGCAACUCUCCCUCACGGACGUCAAACCCGUCUCGAUCUCAUUGAGAGAUCAGAAUGUCUUAAAUUGCUCGUUGCCGUAACAGUAUUAGCCGGAGCCACGGCAAUAGAGCGGGCAGCAACAAUAAGCAAGUGGAUCAAAGUCGCUGUCGACACCAAAACAGCUCUGGGUAAUCUCUACGGGUUUUGCGGUGUGAUGCUCGGCCUCUGUGUUCCUCAGAUUCAAAGACUUGCAAACACUUGGCAUCUUCUCAGACAAAAAUACACCGACGAGGCAUUUAGCUUUGAGGCCAAGCUCAGACCCACUUUGAGAGCCAUGAAUGAAUGUACAAAUCCCCAAGCACCUAAUACUACUCUCCCUCAUCUACUUCCUGUUGCUUUGCUCGGUGAACGUGCGCCUGAGGAUGUUCUAGGUACAGCGGCACCGUCAGGUUUAGUUGGAGCCAUACUAUCACCCUGGGAAAAUUCAGCUCCCGAUUGCGGGCUGUCAAUAGUGUGGGCGCACUUGGAGGCGUCACGGAAAUUGGUUGACAGUCUUCCGGUGUUCCGUAGAAAUGCGGAAAUAGCUCUCGAGGGCUGGCGAAGUGAUGAGCUACUGACGGACGCAUUUAGAACCGAGUUUCACAUAAAGUUUCUGUGGGGCAGCCGCGGGGCUGCGGUCGCCCCGGAAGAACGACAUCUCAAGUUCUCCCAAGUCCUGGAUGCCAUGUACGACAAGUGCGUCGCUAGUGAAAUGGCCGCAUAAACUACUAGUCCUUCUACUCUAUUGAAAAUAAUUAUAAUUAAAUAAAUAUAGUUACAAUGAUAAUAACUCUGACCCCAACACAACAAUUAAUAAAAAUCAUUAAUAUCAAAUUUAAUGAGCGUAUAAUUAAAAAAAAAAAAAUUAUUAUUAUAACAAAUAGUAGGACAAUAUAUCGACGUAGAGCUGAAUUCAUUUAUGGUACAAUCAAUUUUAUCAAGUACAGAAAUAAAAAUAAUAACGAACGGUAAAUAAUUAAUUAUAAUAAUAAAAAAAAAUAGAUAAAAGAAUUUAAGACAAUAUGUGAGAGUGUGCCCAAAGAUUAUUUAUUAAUUAUUAACGCACAAUAUUUGGUAACUACCUAAUUUCGCUUCGGGUUUUUUUUUUUUAAUACAAAAUAUUCUGGAUUUUUUUUUUUAGACCCAAGAGGUUUAAAACAAAAUAGAAGUUCGUAAAAUUGUUUUUUUAGCCUAAUUUUGAAAUUUGGAAAAAACAAAAUUUCGAUCGAUGAAAUUUGAGUCGUGAUCUUAUUGAGAUCUUUGACGAGCUGAUUUUGUUGAUGAUUAAGAUCUAUGGUGAUGAUCUAGAAUUAUCGACUUAAAAAAAAAGACAAAAUUUUGAGAUCUUAGAUCUAUAAAAAUUUGAGUAGAUCUGAAAUUUUUUUUUUAGAUACUUAAGGUUUAAAAAAAAAAUUUCAGUUGUAAAAGUAUUUUUUUUUAACCUAAUUUCGAAAUACGUAAAGACAAAAUUUCGAUUGAUAAAAUUUGAAUCCCGAUUUCAUUGAGAUCAUUGACGAACUGAUUUUUUUAAUGAUUAAGAUCUAUGACGAUCUAUGAUCUAGAAUUAACGACACUUCAAAAAAGGCAAAAUUUCGAGAUCUCAGAUUUAUGAGAAUUUGAGUAGAUUUGAAAUUUUUCAAAAUUAGGCCUCUAUUUUAGUGAAAAUAAAAUUUUAGAGACAUUUGUAAAAGUAUAAGAAUAACAUAAUUUUUUUAUUAAGUACCGGAAGUCCGGAGAAAAAAAAAAGUACGAGAUAUUUUUUGUGUCAGAAAACCGGAGCCGGAUGUGGGUUACCUGAUUUUUAAUUAUAAUUUAAUUAAUAUGAGUACUUAAUUUCUAAAUGUAUAUUCGUACUCUUGUAUACUGUACAUGUUGUUUUGUUUAUAAAUUUAUAUAUAUAUAAAUAUAUAUAUAUAUAUACGUAUACGUUCCACAAUAAUAAAAACAAAUAAUAACGAAACAAAAAUAAAUAUAUAUACACAGAAACUUUAAUUUAUAAAUUAUUCAUUUUGU